AUGCUCUCUUCUCGGACUUUGCUCGUACUUGGCCUGGUGCCGUUACUCGCAACUGCCCAGCUGUCGAGCCCGGUGGGCCCAACGACCUCCUACUCUAUGAAGGCGAACCACAAAAUUUGCAACGUGCUGAACUAUGGUGCCGUGGCUGAUAACUCAACUGACGUGGGUACUGCUAUAAGCUCUGCUUGGGAUGACUGCAAAACGGGCGGCGUGGUCUAUAUUCCCUCGGGUGACUAUGCGCUCGCCACUUGGGUUGAUCUCACCGGUGGUAGCAGCUGUGCGAUUGUCAUCGAUGGCAUUAUUUAUCGGACUGGGAAGGACGGGGGCGCUUUCCAGGGUUUUGGAUAUGAGUUCCACGCUGGUGGUGAUAUCUCUGGACCGCGUAUUCUUCGCCUGUACGAUGUUGCCGAUUUCUCAGUUCAUGACUUGGCUCUGGUCGACUCGCCUUCUUUCCAUUUCAGCAUGGAUACCUGUGAGAACGGCGAAGUCUAUAACAUGAUCGUUCGCGGCGGUAAUGAGGAGGACUUGACGAUCGAGGUGACCAACAAGGAUGAACAAUUGACAGCAUCCCAGAGCCCAGCCCGGAAUAUCUUGGUCGAAAGCAUCUAUUGCAAUUGGAGUGGCGGAUGUGCAAUGGGCUCCCUUGCCACGGGGACCAACAUCUCCGAUAUCACCUAUCGCAACAUCUACACCUGGUCUUCCAACCAGAUGUACAUGAUCAAGAGCAAUGGUGGCGAUGGGAAUGUCGACAAUGUCGUUCUUGAGAACUUUAUUGGUCACGGCAAUGCCUAUUCGCUCGACAUUGACCAGUACUGGAGCAGCCAAAGCACCAGCAGCGGUGACGGGGUGCAGCUGAACAACAUCACCAUCAGAAACUGGAAGGGCACUGCCGCGGACGGCGCCAAACGCGGCCCCAUCAAGGUAGCAUGCGCGGAGGGCGCUCCUUGCACCGACAUCACCAUCGAGGACUUUGCGAUCUGGACUGAAGAGGGCGACUACGAAUGGUACUCUUGCGAAAGCGCUUACGGCGAGGGCGCAUGCCCUUGA